UUGUUUUGUAUUUUUGUACAGAAAUGAACGUCAAAAGAUUUUUUUGAAUUGAAUAUAAUUCCAAAGGAAGCUUGAAAUGCUAUGUUUCUGAUUGCAAAAAUCGAAUUUGUCAAUCCUGGUUGAUCGGUAGAGGAUCGGAUAACGUUCCGAAUGAUUGAAGAAGCUGAAGAGAAAGGUUUGCUUAAACCUGGUAGUAUUGGAGAGGUCAAUCCAGGCAAUGUGAUUUUUUUGAGAGAGAGAAAGUGAAUUUUAAUCCAUAAUAUUCCCGCGUAGUGUUUCAACGGGAGAAAUGAGAAACUAAAUCGAAAAAUGGCCGUGAACGGUGAAUUGUGUCCUGACAAAAACUGCUACUUCAAUUCAUCAUGGAAACAGCACACUCAUCGCAGACAAAAUGAACGGCCAAAGAUUUUUUCAAAUAUUAUGGAAAUAGUCGGCAAUACGCCGAUGGUGAAAUUGAAUAAAAUUCCGAAGGAAGCUGGCUUGAAAUGCGAUAUUUACGCAAAAAUCGAAUUUGUCAAUCCUGGCGGAUCGGUAAAGGAUCGUAUGGCAUUCCGAAUGGUUGAAGAAGCUGAAGAGAAAGGUUUGCUUAAACCUGGUAGCAUUGUUAUCGAACCAACUUCUGGUAACACUGGAAUUGCAUUGGCGUUGGCAUGUGCAGUUAAAGGGUACGAAUGCAUUCUGGUGAUGCCUGAAAAAAUAUCGCAAGACAAAGAAGCAACGAUGAAACUUCUCGGAGCUAAAAUUGUUCGUACACCAAAUGGCAAGGCUCACGAGGAUCCUGAAAGUGUAUUCGAAGUGGCCAAAAGAUUGAAUCGCGAAAUUUCAAAUUCAAUAGUAUUGGAUCAAUUUGUGAAUUGCGCCAAUCCUUUGGCCCAUUAUGAUGCAACCGGUGAAGAAAUUUUGCAGCAAUGUGAUGGUCAUGUGGAUAUGGUUGUGGUUGGAACAGGCACUGGUGGCUCUAUAACCGGAAUUAGCCGUAAAGUGAAGGAACAGUGUCAAAAUUGUGAAAUAAUUGGUGCAGAUCCAGUAGGGUCCACAUUAGCUUUACCCGAAUCAAUCAACAAAACCGAUGUCACCACUUGGGAGGUUGAGGGAAUUGGUUACACUUAUGUUUUUGAUACAUUGCAUCGCCAACUAGUUGAUCGUUGGGUUAAAGUUGAUGACAGAACUACUAUGCGAAUGGCUCGGCGAUUGAUCCGCGAAGAAGGCAUUUUGGGUGGUGAAAGUAGUGGUGCGAUUUUGGCAGCGGCACUUGUGGCCGCUCAGGAUUUGAAAGAAGGGCAGAAAUGUGUCAUUAUUAUCCCAGAUGGAAUCAGAAAUUAUAUGUCGAAAUUCGUUACGGAUAGUUGGAUGGAGGCAAGAGGAUACAAAGAUGUUGUGAACGAACACAACCACUGGUGGUGGAAUCAUAAAGUCGAGGAUCUGACGUUGCCCAAAACUAAAGUGAUCCAAUCGAGUGCAACCUGCAAAAAUGCUCUGGAAUUUUUGAAUUCAAAUGGAUUGCAACGAGUUGCAGUUGAGAAUAAUGAUGCUACAUUGAACGGCUUCGUUGACUUGAAAUAUUUGAUGAAAAAAGUGGUUAGUCAGAAUUAUCAAUUGGAAGACACAGUGGAAAAGGCGAUUUUUCAAAAAUUCUAUCGGGUAAAACAAGACUCGAUUCUUGGUUUGGUUUCAAGACUCCUUGAAACUGAAGGAUUUGUAGCUGUUGUGGACGGUGCGGAUCGCGUAACGGGUGUCAUUGACCAAUUACAACUUCUGAAUUUCAUUUCAAAAGCAUAACGGAAUAAGAACAAUCAUUGGAACUUGUAAAUUUAAAUCAUGAAUAGUUUACAAGAAAAAAAAUCAUGUGUUAGUUUACUUUGUAUAUGAAAUUUUGGAAAUGUUUGAUCAUUUAAAUAAAAAAUGUUAAAGACAUUUGAAUGUAAUGAA